AUGGCCGACUUUCUCAAGGAGACGCCCGCAGGGCAAUUUCUUCGACUGAUCGGUUGCCGGUCUGCUAACCUCUUGUAUCCCGAGGAGAAACCCGGCUUCGAGCCUGCCGCUGCCGGUCUACCUAUUGUCUGCGAACGGGCACCCUCCCCUGCUGAAAGCGACCUCGAGAAAACGCUCUCCAAGCUAUCUGCAACCGUCCGUGCUUCUGAGAAGUGCGAGACAUCACCCAACCCGGACAAUGAGGCCAUCAUCGUGUCCUGGACCGAGCACGAUCCCGGAAAUCCUCGCAACUGGUCCCAGGCUAAGAAGACGUGGACGCUUGUAGUUGUCAAUUUGUACACUUUUUGCGUCUACUGUACGGCGUCCAUCAUCACACCAACUGCAGAGGCCAUCCAGCAGCGAUAUCAUAUUUCUAUUCUGGUAGCGAGCAUGGGCCUAUCCUUGUAUGUCGUUGGUUAUGGGCUGGGGCCUAUGUUCCUUUCUCCCAUUAGCGAAAUUCCCCGUGUCGGCAGGAAUCCCCCUUAUCUCUACUCCUUUGUGGCAUUCCUCGUCGUCUCCAUUGCCCUUGCCUUCGUCGACAAUUUCCCUGCUAUUAUUGUUCUUCGAUGGUUGCAGGGUCUCUUUGGCAGCCCCGCCUUGGCCAGCGGCGCAGCGUCGAUCGAAGAUAUAUACGACAUUUAUAGUGCUCCAUACGGGUAUGUAUGGUGGAUUGCAGCGAUGUAUUGCGGCCCUGCAGUUGGCCCGUUGAUGGCUGGAUACGCCGCUCCUCGUGAUUGGAGAUGGCCGCUGUACGAGGUCAUUAUCAUGUCAGGGGUCAUUCUGUUCCUGCUACCGUUCUUGCCGGAGACGUACCCAGGCGCCAUCCUCCUCAACCGAGCAAAGCGACUUCGCAAGGCAACAGGUGAUGAUCGAUACCGGGCACAGAGUGAACUACAUCCUAUUCCUUUCAAGACUGUCCUCUGGGAAGCCCUCGUUCGACCCUUGGAGAUCACCAUGAAAGAUCCCGCUGUUCUCUAUGCGGCACUCUACGGAGGCCUCGUUUAUGCAACAUACUAUUCCUUCUUCGAAGCCUUUCCACUGGUCUACCUCGGCACCUACCAAAUGUCUCUUGGCCAGCUCGGACUGAUAUUCCUGGGCUUGAUGACUGGCUGUAUCGUCGGGCUGACCUGCUACUACGUCUACCUCCGCCGCUGGUUCAUCCCGAGGGCUCGAAAGUACCACGCCGAGAAAGGCAAGCCUGUGGAACAGGAACAGUGGCUGCGGCCUGGCAUGGCGGGUGUCUGGGGCCCUCCCAUCGGGCUGUUGCUGUUCGCUUGGACGGCCCGCGCAGACGUGCAUUGGAUAGCCCCCACGAUCGGCAUCAAUAUCUGGGCUGCGGGUAGCUUCUGCAUGUUUCAAAGCAUUAUUUGCUACAUCGCGCUGGCGUACCCAAAGUACGUGGCCUCGCUGUUUGCGGCCAACGACUUUGUGCGGUCCAUGAUGGCCGCCGCCUUUGUGCAGUUCUCGAGGCCCAUGUACGUUAAUCUCGGAGUCGACAAGGGCGUCACCGUCAUCGCAGGCCUCUCCGGGGUCGGCGUCGCCGGCAUGUACGGGCUUUACUACUUUGGCGGCUUCCUUCGAGCCAAGAGCAAGUUUACUAGCUGA